UGAACACAUUCAGGAUGGGAUUUGCGUCCAUCACCAUGGGUCCACCGUUUAUCAACCCACUUCUGGUUACCGAUGCCCGUCCACACGACACUGCGUCCAUAGUUCGCGCCUUGAAAGCCCACCACGCCGUUGUGCAUGACAUACACCGUGAGGAACGAGAAGAAAGACGACAACGGGAAGCCACUGAGCUACAGGCAGCUCAAGAGCAAGCCGCUCGGGAACUAGCUGCACAUGGGCGGCGGGCACAUAUUCGGACUCCAACGUGGGUACUGAAACGAAAACGAGAGGACGAUGUAGAGGAAGCCGCUCUUGAACAGGCCGCUCGUUGUUUUCCUACUCCUGCCCAGAGCCCGGUUGGCCUCAAUCACCCGGCACUUGUGCAUCCUCAAAAUCCUCUUCCAGUUGAUGCAGAGAACCACGCCUUCAUCGCACCCCAAGAGACCUGCUCGCAUCAGCCUCAGGGCUCCUCCCAGUGUGCCUUCUCCAACGCCGCUGCGAUCCAUCCCGGACUCUUGGGACUCAAUCCCGCUCCCGUCUCGCCUCAUGGCUCCUCUCCAGCUGCCUUCAACACUGCUGUCAUCGACCCUAGACUCCUGGGACCCAAUCCGGCUCUUGCCUCGCCUCUUCGCUGCUUCCAGACUCAGUUCACCGGCGCUGGUACUAUCGACCCUCAGCGAACUGGCCCUGCUCAACCUCAGUUCGCCGGACCCACCGAGCCUUGGUCGAUUGAAAUCGACUUCUUCAAAAUGCUCACGCCGAGCAAGAGCACCCCGAACAUGAGCGCGCCGCACACGCACGCGUCGCACUUGAACAUGCUGAGGACGGGUACUCCGAACAUGAUGCUGAACAGAGACACACCAUGCAUGCCCAUGCCGAAUAUGAACGAAUUGCUCUGGGAGAGGCAAUGGGCCGAUGCUGGCGUUGGCGCCGAUGUGAGUGAGCACUGCUACGAUUGCGGUCUUUCUCAAUCGGUAUAUCCAGACCCAGGGCUUCUGGAACAAUUGCAUCAGGGACCAAUAUACCACAUACCGAGUGCCAUGAACGCCGACUGGAAUGCUCGGUCAACAGCAACCAUUUGGUUUCGCGGGACGGUAGCGUGAUCAGUUGGGAAUCCCAUCGGUGUGCUCUCUAGCAC